AUGAUUUCCAUUCAUCAGUCGAUUCUCUUCGGUCGCGAUGUUUCACGGGUCCGCAUGGAGAAUAGUCCCGUGCCGUGUAUCAACCAGUUUCGCUGCCGCCUUACCAUGUCAUCGUUGUCGCUACUUUUGGUGUUUCUUGUGGUGGUUAUGCCGCCGGUGGAAGCUUUGGAUAAUAUAACGGUAAAGGUUUACUCACUUCUGUAUCACCCUUUUGUUGGGAGGAGACUAAUCGAUUCUAUGAAUGCCGGUUUCAACGCGUCAAUGGCAGCCCGUCAAUGGACCGUUGCCCCAGGCAUCAAUGUUGAAGUUAUCCACCCUGCAUCGUAUAGAAUUCCGGGUCCGAGGUUCUUGCAGAGGGCAAUAAAUGAUAACAAGGAUGAAUUCUUUGUUGUGGUGGGACCGAUGGGUGACGGUCAGUUGGCUGCCUCUCGUUCAUUCUUGCAGAAGGAAAAUUUGGUUGCAUUUGCUCCAUCCACUGGGGCAAGCUCUGUGCGCGGUUGGAGUCCCAACAUCUACUUCCUGCGUGUGUCACCCACUGUCGAGCUUAUUGCAUUGAUGCGUUUUGCUGUAACUCACCUGCGUUUACUACGGAUCGGCUUCAUGUACCUGCAGGGUCUCACCUUUGGGGAUAGUGAAUAUGAGGUGGCCAUAAAACUAAUGUCUCAUUUGGGACGCGAGUUAUGUGGUGUUUUCACAGUGGCAAGCUCGCAUGGCAAAGGUGCAGCUGACUCCGAUUUUGAUGCCGUGUGGGACAAGUUCGUGGUGACCCGUCCACAGGGUGUGAUCAUGUUUGCUCCACCAGCAAAAGAUGUGGUAAGAUUUGUAGUAAAGAUGCUGAAUGACAGUCGUACCCAAGACGCCUACUUUCUUGCUUCUUCGGUACUCGAAUUGACAAUUGCCUCUUGGAGCGGCAAUAUUGAGGCAGCCAAUACAGCACUUGAUCUCGGGCAGAUUGUGCUCUCGCGCACGAAUCCGCUGGCGACGGACACACAAUACCAAGCAAUCAGGCGUUUUCAGGACGAUGCGAGAUCAUACCUGAGUGCUAAUCCGGGCGUAACUCUCUUCAGCGGCGCAGACGACUUCGAGCAUCAUUAUGUGGAUGGGAAGCUUAUGGUGUAUGGGUGGAUCGUUGGUGAGGUGCUGUCACAGGCCCUGAGGAGUCGUGCCUGGAUUAAGGACAGGGAGACCUUCAAGAAGUCUCUGUAUAGUCAACGUCGGUACGUCGUCGAUGAGCUUGUGUUUGGUGACUUUGGUGGUGAGUGUGAGGGUACAGCAGGUAAGCGCGGUGCUGUGUGUAACUGUAAUCAGGGAGGAAACGUAGUGUACAUCAACGUUGCUAGGAGGGAUAAUGUCUUGGAGGUGAUACAUGAUGGACAGGUAGUUGUCGAUUCAUCACUCUGUUACCACGACGAGGUUCGGUUGCAUUCCCCUGUGAAUGGUUUAUUGGUAUUCAUGCAGGAUGAUCCGGUUGCGCAAAAUGCGGCUGAGGAAAUAUAUGAUGGCGCCAUUCCUCUCACUGGUGAUGGCCGUCUGGGGCGAACUGAUCGUUUUUUCUUACAUAUGCUGACAUCAGAAACGGCUGAAGCAUCCUCAGAGUUAGAGUCAGAAUUGGGCACCAGGGCAGUGACGGCUGUGUUUGGAGUUGCCGAUGAUGCUAUGCUAUCCCUACAAACUACUGCUUUCAUUGACCCCAUCUCUCUCCUCCCGGGGUUACCUCAUAGAGGGAGGAAAGUUAUUUACCUAUCUCCGACACUGGAGCAGCAGCUAUUCGCGCUGGUAAAAUAUUUUGUCGGGUCAGGUUCUACGGUAGUGCACGCUGUCGUCUGCCGUGGUGAUGUGGUUUCGAUUGAAAGAUUGCUUUAUCUGAUGUUGAUGACUUUUGGCGGGCACAUGGGAACAGUGGUAGGGCCUGAUAGCAGUACAGAUCUGGAAGGUUCGAUGCCAGAAACCGGUGAUGUGCUUGUCAUAGGCCUGUCCAAGGACGACGUUGCCGUGGUAGCGUCUCACCUGGAUCGUAACCCGGAUGUUCGUGUCGCUGUCCUGUUCUUUGACGUAGCCCUACUAUACAUUGAGUUUGUCAAAGCUUUCAAGAGCAGUUCAAGCGGUGGUCGGCUUCUUUUUGCAACGAGUCUGCCUCACUGGGCAGAGGCUAACUCGACUUCGGCUACUGUACAGAAGUUUCACGCGGCAGUGCCUGAUUCGCCACGGUGGACACCUUUGUCACUGCUUGGUUUCGCGACCGGAAGAUUCAUUCAAACGCUGCUCUUUCAUAUGGACAAAGUGACACCGGAUUCUAUAAUCAAUGCAAUAUAUACUCUCUCGGUCGUAAACAGCGACGACAUGCGGUAUGGUCCGUUCGUGGAGGAGCGAUGCCCUUCAACCAAAGAUGCGCCGGAGGGCGGCGACCACUUCUGUGGUAAGAAUUAUGGUGCGAGGCGACUUUCUGUGUGGUCGAUGGACCGUGCGCUGAACGCUUCGGUGGCACCGCUGACAUCGGGCGCAACGCCGUCUUUGGUGUACAUAGACCCGUAUUCGAAGGUGUUGUCAGGCGGCCGACUUGCCGGUGUCAUCGUUGGAGUUCUUUUCAUUUUACUGUUGCUUGUUGCUCUUUUGCUAGUGCUUCUUUGUCUGCGCCGCAGCGCACGCGACAAUGACAGCGCGCCCAAGGAGCCAGCGGACCCUGUGACGCUAAUUUUUACAGAUGUAGAAAGCAGUACUGCACAAUGGGCAGCACAUCCCGAGCUGAUGCCCGAUGCUGUGGCCGCGCAUCACCGUUUGAUUCGCUCGCUAAUCACCCACUACAGGUGUUAUGAAGUGAAGACGGUUGGGGACUCAUUCAUGAUCGCGUGCAAGAGUGCAUUUGCCGCAUCGAGUCUUGCCCAAGGCCUGCAGCAACGGUUUUUGUCUGCAGACUGGGGAACCAGUGCCUUCGACGAGUCCUAUCGUGAGUUUGAGCAGCAGCGUGCAGAUGACGACAAUGAAUACAAACCGCCGUCCGCGCGCCUCGACCCCGAAGUGUACCGGUCUCUCUGGAAAGGUCUACGCGUACGUAUCGGGAUACACACCGGACUGUGCGAAAUCCGACAAGAUGAAGUGACGAAGGGCUACGACUACUACGGGAAGGUGACAGACAUGGCCGCGCGGACGGAGAGCGUUGCGAACGGUGGCCAGGUAGUACUGACGCAAGCAACGUACUUUGCACUGAGCACAGCAGAGCGUGAACAGUUCGAUGUGGUCUCCCUUGGCCGCAUACCACUUGCUGGUGCGCCCCAACCUAUGGAAGUAUACCAGUUGAACGCGGUGCCCGGCCGUACCUUCGCUGCUCUUCGCCUUGACCGCGAGUUUGGCGACGACUUUGAAGAUAGAAUGAGUACCUCCACUGGAGACUCGAGUUCUCUCCGUAGCGGGAUGAAUGGAACAACGCAGAUGAUUGCAAGUUGCCUGCAGGCUGUGCUAGGCACUUUCACUGCAGCACAGCGACAGAAACUGCUGGUGCCUUUGUGCGAACGGUGGCGUGUCACGCUUCCCAGGACCGCACAGCUAACAUGGGACGAGGGCUUUUGUGAAGAUGUGAUUCGUCGGAUUUCAGUCAAGGUCGGUCGUGUCGUUGACCUCUGUGCAAACAGCGGUGGUGAGCGUACCGUCAGUACGCUGAGAAGUGCGUCUGUGAUUAUAAUGUCGAACCGGCUUCGGGAAUUUGAGGCAGAGGCAACCCAGAGCCCUGAAGCUUAG